AUGGCGUCUGACCACCAAGUUCCUUCUCCUCGACCCAUCGGACCCUUCCUUCUCCUCCCCGGAGGCCCUGGCCCAAGCAGCACGGGCCCAUUGCCGGUCACCAAAGACACAUUUGAUCGGUACCCGUCGAUCGAGUACCGCCCACAAUUUAGCCUUCGAUAUCCAAAUCUUUUUAGCCGGCCCUGGGUGGCCUCCAAUGUCGGCCUCGACGACCACGUCGACCUCUCCGAAUGCCGCCGCCUCGGCAUCACGGUCACCAACGCCAGCGACACCUUCUCCUCCGACGUGGCCAAUAUCGCGGUGGCACUUCUCAUCAAUGUUCUCCACUGCGUGUCGGCUGGCAACCGGUAUGUUAGAGCCGGGUUGUGGUCCGCCAAGGUCGCGUAUCCUCUUGCUUCCAAGGUCAUUGAGUUGGAUAACACUAAUAAGAGUCAAUAG